UUGUACGAUUGGUUGCCGUCUCGAAUCCUGCAUUCUGCAGGCAGCAGGUUCCAUGAUUUGUUCAGAAUAUUAAGGGAGCACGGUGAGUUUUUCGAUUUAAUCGAAUCAAUUAUUUGCACGAUGACUUUAUUGAUGGUAAGGCCGUACCACUGUUCAAAUGUUUGUAUAAAAUAUCCUUCCAUUCGUGCCGCAUCAAAAUGCGACCAUCACGUCCUAAUCAAGUUAUCUUUCUUUAUAACGCUUACGCGGCUACUAUAUUAAAUGUAGCGAAUUGGAGACUGCAAGGGUUCAGGGAACAAAAACUAUAUAUCGUUCUAUGGGAAGCACUAUCAGAAUGUCCCGACUUUACAAAACAGCUAUUCUUCGAAAGAGCUUGUGGAGAGUUGGCGGUCAUAGCGAUUGAUGGGAUCUGGCACAGCACCUAAUGUGGGGGAAGGUACAGUUCUGGAGAAACGUGAUUAUCACGUGGUAUUGACUAAGCCGCACGUGACGUCCCAGCGAACCCGUGGAGAAACACGUGGUAUUCCUUCUGCCCAGGGCCAUCUGUACAGCACUCGCGACGUCACUACAUUCAUCGCAAGGACCCAUAUCAAAGAGUUUUAGUUGUCUGUGUGCUCGUUUGCAUCUUAGCGAUUGCCGCGUGCUCCCGCAAUCCAAACUAUCGUCCGCAUUUACGCGUACCGGUUAAGUGGUACCAACGGUCAUGACUUCGGAUCGAUUCAUCACAGUCGUCCCUAAGAAGCUAGAAACACGCAUGAUAGAAGAACGCACACAAGCACACUUCAACCGCAUAUACGUGAUUUCGUAAAGAGCGUCGAAGACUAGCCUCUCAGCCAGACUUUUCCAUCC